GGUUCGGCAGUCGAGCUUGGAACAGUGUAGUGAGCGCAUGUGAUCCACGCCAUCCUCGGUGAGUCCUCAUGCUGCCUCUCUCACGCCCACAACAACCCUCAGUGCUUGUGUGAUGCGUCCCCCAGGCGUCGUGUGAACCAGCAAGAUUAUUAAGAUGACAUCAACAAAGUCAUAAACACUACAAAUACGAACAAUUGUGUGGAAAUAAAAGAAAGAAAAUAAGAAAUAAAAGACAAGUGAACAUUAAAUAGCAGAGAAUAGAAGAAAAAAAUAGUUGAGGAGAGGUUUCGGAGAGUCAGAAAAGCACGUCAGAAAGUUAAGCUGAAAAUUAGUUGGUACAAGUGUCCCUGUGUGAGGUGCGUCUACCCUGCUCUGCAACCUCACUAUGACACACACUCCCUCACUCACACUCAUCACGCACCCCAUAACAAGGAUUUUAACGAGUCUACUCUUAAGCUUACAAUUUACUCAACCAAGUGUCUGAGAAAUUAAGUCAUUUUUUUAACUAAUUUAAACGAGGAAAGGAAAGUAAUUGAUGUUUUUUUUUACGUGUUAAUUCUCAAUAUCCUUCAGUAAUUACCUCGACAAGAUCACCCGUGGAAAAGUGAUUAUAAUAUUGUGUUGUCAUCUAGGAGGUGGCAGAGAAAGACCUGGUGUUGGAAACCACUAAGAGCCGGUGUUGUCGCCAGGUGGUGAAGGUCGAACUGCCAGUUGACCUACAGACGCGACGGUUCAAGGACGGUGUGGGUGAGUGAGCUGGGCCGAGGUGACCUGUCUGUCUCCUGUUACACUGACUGUUAACACGAGAUCCCCGAGUGUGUUAGUGUUAGUGGUGCAGGUGAGACGAGUCAGGUGAAGGCGUAGAGGAAAUACUUCCACUAUAAGAAUUUCCUGCGCCAUCAUCAUCAUCACCCCAGGGCGACGCUGCUGACCAUCACGCCGCGUAACCUGGGCCUUGCCUCUUGCUCUGGGCCACGCCCUUUGAUUUACACCACGCCACCUGACCAGGGCCACUAGCAGGAUGGCGGAGCUACUGAGUGUGCAAGUCCCCAGCCGUCGUGGGCUGGGUGGCUAUGCCGAGUUCCACAAGAACGCCGAGGGCACCACCACGCCCAUGAUGGGCUCCCCCGCCUCCUGCCAGCCUUACCUCAACUCCGCCCUCACACACGCCAGGAUCAGUAACGAUCUGAGGAAGAAGGUGGUGAACGGAGCCAGCGCGGGAGUCAUCAUGUCCCAUUUACCCAAGAGACCGCCCGUACACAUUGAGUUCUGCGAUCUGUCGUACUCGGUGUCUGAAGGCAGGCAUAGAGUUUUAUAUUCCACAGGAUACAAGACCAUCCUGAAGGGGGUGAGCGGGAAGUUCAAGUCUGGCCGGCUCACAGCGAUCAUGGGGCCCUCGGGAGCUGGCAAGUCUACUCUGAUGAACAUAACGGCUGGAUACAGGAUCAGCAAUGUUGUGGGCACCAUCGCAGUUAAUGGGCGUGAACGCAAUCUAAGAAAGUUUCGCAAGAUGUCGUGUUACAUCAUGCAGGACGACCACCUCCACCCUCACCUCACUGUCAUGGAGUCUAUGAAUGUCUCGGCCAACCUUAAACUGGGUGAUCGUAUGAAGAGACAACAAAAGGAGGAAGUGAUUAACGAAAUCCUGGAGACACUCAGCUUAACAGAGUGUAGAGACACACGGGCCAUUAACUUGUCUGGUGGUCAGCGCAAGAGGCUGUCCAUUGCAUUAGAACUUGUCAACAACCCACCUGUUAUGUUCUUUGAUGAACCCACCAGUGGGUUGGACAGCAGUAGUAGUUUCCAAUGUAUCAAUCUGCUCAAGACGUUAGCACAGGGAGGACGCACCAUCAUAUGCACCAUCCAUCAACCCUCAGCAAAGUUGUUCGAGAAAUUUGACUAUCUCUACGCAUUGGCAGAGGGACAAUGCAUCUACCGUGGAGCCAUCCAUGGGCUCAUUCCUUUCCUAUCAGCAAUGGGUCUGGAGUGUCCAUCAUACCACAAUCCUGCUGAUUUCUUGAUGGAGGUUGCCUGCGGGGAGUACGGAGAGUUCACCCACAAGCUGACGACCGCAGUGAGAUGUGGCAAGUGUGAUAACCUUGGACCAGACAACCACCUGGCAGUGAGGGCCAAGCAACAUAUUAUAGCCCGGGACGAUGAUGAACACCGGGAGUCUGGUGGUGGUGAGGCAUUAAACGGACCCCCGAGAGGUGAUGCAAGAGUCAACAUCCCCUCUACUCAGCACUCACUCUUGGCAUCAGAAGAUGAGAGCAUUGAUGAUAUUCCUAACUCCUUCCCAACAUCUGGCUGGAAGCAGUUUGUCAUCCUGUUCAAACGGACUUUUCUCUCCAUUAUCAGAGAUGGGAUGCUGACAAAAAUGCGUCUCUGCUCACACACGUUGAUUGGUCUGCUCAUAGGUCUCCUGUACUAUAACAUAGGAAAUGAAGCAGGCAAAGUGUUCAACAACUCAGGGUGUUUAUUCUUCUGCAUGUUGUUCUUAAUGUUUACUGCCAUGAUGCCCACCAUUCUUACAUUCCCCCUUGAGAUGAACGUCUUCAUCAGAGAGCAUCUCAACUACUGGUACUCCCUCAAGUCAUACUAUUUAGCCAAGACUAUGGCAGACAUGCCCUUCCAGGUAUUAUAUCCGCUGCUAUACGUGCUACUGGUUUAUUUUCUGACGGAUCAGCCACUGGAGGCUCAUCGAUUCUUCAUGUUCACCACAAUGUGCAUCAUGACAUCACUUGUGGCUCAGAGUCUUGGCUUGGCUAUUGGGGCCUGCUUGAAUAUACAGGGUGCAGUUUUCCUCGGCCCCAUCACAUCCAUACCUGUUCUGCUGUUUUCUGGUUUCUUUGUUAAUUUCUCAACCAUUCCAAUAUACUUAAGGUGGAUAACCUACAUCUCGUAUGUAAGGUAUGGAUUUGAGGGGACACUACUCAGCAUAUACGGGUUUGACAGAAAGCCUCUACACUGCUCGGAGGCGUACUGUCACUACAAAUCUCCAAAGAAAUUCCUUGAAGAAAUGGACAUAGCAGGUGCAGAAUUCUGGAUAGAUUUUGUGGUUCUUUUUUCAUUUUUCAUCCUCUUGCGAACAAUUGGCUACUUUGUUCUGCGGUGGAAACUUAAGGCCGAGCGCUAAUAGUAGUCUUAUUGUGUAUUGCAUUAAUUUUAGGUUGAUAUUUCUCGUAAGCUUUUCCUCAGUGAGAUGUUACUCAGAAUGAUUUAAGUUACUGUAUGUCAUUGCAUGAGCUGCUCGAUGCUGAAGUUGACAAAUGCCAGAAAACUAUCGUUGAGCAGCCACUUUGGUGCCUGACAUGGUGAUAAACAGUGUUGGAUGAGAAUGGUAAAUAGAGAAGUGUAGUCUUUCAUUGUACAUUGCACAUGUUUAUUAUAUAUGAAAUGUCAUUAAACUGUUUACACUUACUUCACUUGUGGUGAGUUCUUUUGCCAUCUAUUUGUGUUAAAAGCUCUUCCUCAAGAACAGUGAAAAACUGUUUGAAGAAACUGAGGACUCGGACAAAUGACAUAACUCCAUCAACAAGAAGGUGGUAGUCUUCCAGUUGAAGGUUUACAGUGUGCAAAAGUGAUAUUAUGAACUGUUGUGUAGAGCAGCUGCAGUGUCUCCUUUCUUGAAGAUGGAGCUGUAAAUGAGAGAAUCACUGAAAAACAAUAUAAGUGAUGAAAGAGACAUCAUACUGAAAAUAAUUUUAAGGUGACCGUACUAUACUGUAUUUUGAAAUUAAAAACUUACUUGAAAGACUCAUUUGAGCUCCUUAAAAAUCGAACCUCAGGGUAAAGGCUAUACAGUACUGUACUGUAUAAAGUGAAUGAUGAUGGUGUUAAAGUGUGCAGUGAAAACUGAAAGAAUAUUGAGAAGAUAUCCCUGAUCAGCCGAACUCAUAUUGAUAGGUCUUCAGUGAGCUACUUCAUUUUGACUGCAUGUUAAGUGCACUUUAAGGCUUAUCUCUCAUGCAUGAAUCUGCACAAAAUUUCAUAAUUUAACCAAAUUUUUUAAAUAAACUUAGUGUUACUAUUAAGGAUUUUAUUAGGUUUUCAAAAUUCUAAUCCAGUUUACAUCACAGCUUGAGUAACUGUUAUCUUGGCUCUUGUUUGCAAAUAUAUUGCAGUGAAGCCAGUUCAUAGUUGAUAGUUUCUUAAAUUCUUCUACAAUGCAUUUCUGAAACUGAGAUUCUUCUUUUAAUAUUUUUUAUUGACAUAUUUACCUUGUAUGCUCAAAUACCCCAAAGGACUUUUGGGGGCAUAAAGCAUGGACUUGAACUGUUUAAUAAUUUAUAGAAGUUAAAAUUUUACAGCGAGACUUAAUAUUACACAGUUGCUAAAUCACUCCAACAUUAUUGGAACUUUUUGAUACUGUGUAUGGCAUUAAUUUAAAGUUAAACAAAUUGAUGACGAUUUUAGAGGCCUAAAUAUUUUUUUGUAAUAGUGAUGAUCAUACAUCAUAGCUUGUACAGUAUUUAAGGAGAUAUUAGACUUGUUUGUAGUCAUGCCUGCAAGAGUCAUUGAGGCAUGUUGUAUAUCUGUACUGUAAUUUUUUGCAGUCCAGCAAUACAAUUGAACAGAUCAAAAGCAACCCCCAGCAAAUUUUAGUCUUACUAUCACCUAACCAUACAGUGCACUUGUAAACUGAAUACCAAUAUACUAAAAAGACAGGGAAAGUUAUUGAAUGUAAACAAUUUGCCUCGGUCUGAUAAGGAGAUUGCCCAAUAUGAGAGCCCCUGGUGGUAGUGUACUGUACUGUACUGUGCCUGUCGCCCACGGCUCGUCUUCCGUCGUGUUGUCACCUGUUCAGUCACUUGCUGAUCUGUGUGUGCUGGGUAUUAAAUCUUCAAUUUCACAAAAAUUUCACGACUUGCCUUCUCGUUCUUUGACUUCCAUGAAAUCAAAUGACAGAGAAUAAGCUUAUUUGUAAAUGUACCCUAAUACAGUACUUGAUUAGUUGUUUUCAUGUAAAUUUAUUUUAGGACUAUACUGUAUCCUUUGUAUGCUAUAUUGGUGUAUAGAGGAUGAAAGGUAUUGUAACUGUGAUUCACUUCCUAUCAAAAAAUACCUUGGGAGGUAAAUGAUUUAUUGAACCCCCAGGGAUCAUAUAAUAAAAUUUGUAUUUACUGUAUAAAUUUUUCCAUACAAUGCAUUUCUAUCUUAGUUCAUAUUGUGCCCUAAUUGGACCUAGAAGUUAGGUAUUCCUGCUAGUCUUUGAAAAUUAAUCGUCAAACCUAUUUUCAUUCACUUUGCACCGUCAUGCAAAUUGGAAGAUCAUUUUGUUGUGUGGGCUGUUUGCUAAAUUCUUUUAAUGAGCUUUUCUAUGGUUUCAUGGUUGCUAACUCAACUAUCUAAAGGUAAGAUUUAUUUGGUUAACAUGCAUAGCAAAGAGAAAGAUUCGGCUUCAACAUUGGUCUUGUAUUAAGUAGGUGUUGGUGAAAAUUUGCACGUCAUCAUUCCAGUUUUUAUUGAUAUUGUUAUUUGCUUAAUUGACUCGAAAGAUACAAAUCUCGGAUAUAAACACGAUGAACAUUUUUUUGACAUAACAGGUUGCAGUGGUGUACUACAUUAGUCAUUCGUAAAUACUUUGGGUGUCAAGUGUUGACAAAAACCAUAAUGUAUAGGAAAUAAUUUUAAAGUUAUAUUAAGUUUGGUCUUAAGUGAAACUGGAAUGACUUUUGGUGUCUUGCCAACCAAGGCCAUGCCAGAGCCUCUCAUUUUCAUAUUUUUGCCACUCCAUUACAUUUGAAACAUGGGCGGUUGUUGACUAUGCAUUGUGCCUCUUUAAUAUAGUAUGUGAGAAAUCUCAAACACACACACACAACACAUUCUCUGGGUCCAUUAUUAUAGAUUUGUGACAUGUUAGUUGAUUGAUGCCCAAGAGGGAGUUUUCUUAAGGCUCAUUUUCAAUAAAUCUCGAAGUUUAAAAAUCGGUGGAAAAGAGGAAUGUUGGCUUCUCAAUUUUUUUUUUAAUUUUUAAUUUGCUAGUCAUAAGGUACUGUACAUAUUUAAUUUGUCUUGUAAGUAAAUGUGCCUUGUGAAUUCCCUGUUUAUGGCAAUGUCACUGAGGAUGUCACAUUUAUACUUAGUCAGGCAUAGAGUUGCUAGGUCUCAUGAGUAGAUAGUCCGUAUAAAUUUUGGGAUCUGGAGUAUUUUUCAUUCCAGUAUGUACAACUUUUAGUCUUUACAUCAAUGCAUCAGAUGAUUUUUUUUUAUCUGGCAAAUAUAAACACCCUCACCACUUUUUUUAUCAGGGUAAUUAUACUGUAUGUACAGUAUACCCUAACUUAAAAAAGAGCUGAAGUUUAUGGGAAAAAAAUCCAGAAUGGCAAUAAACGACCAGACUGACAAUAUUUGGUUGUGCUAAAACAUGCCAUUUGCUUUGCUAGUGGCCAAAAGGUAGAUUAGAGUUCAAAAUAUGACAUCUAGGAUAUAUUCCAAUACAGCAUAAUAUAUUAAAGUGCAUUUAAAUGGUCUGAUAUCGGAGAAAUGUAUAUAAUAUCUUUAACUACAUUUAUCAUCAAACUAAUUGUAGCUUCUACCAAAUCCAAAACUAGAGGUAAUCCUGUUAACUAAUUUAUAAAACUAUACAAUGUUUGCAUUUGGCAACUAGCAGCUUUACAAGAGAGCUUUUCAACAAAUAGUUUUGGGUCAAGAUGUUCUUGUAUCUGACAAUAUUCUCACUUGACCAUUGCUUCUUGGAAUUUUUUAAGAAAUUAUUUUCAAGAAUUGUACAAGAAGUCGGCACAGUUAGUUGCUAUGUGUGGGACACAGGUAAGCUGGCAUAAUACUUAUGAACUCCCACCACUGGGCAUUUGUGUAUGUAUGUAUGUCUACUCUAGUGCAAUACUGUAUAUUUUAUGCAAGUUAUUUUAGUUCCUGGAGGAAGUGAUACAGGUAUACAGUUUAGGUCAGUUUGUAUAAUAAUAAAAUUUGAGCAUAGUUUAUCUUAAUAAAAUUUAUAACUGCUCAUAUCAACACAAAUUAAAGCUGCACCUUAAAUUAUUUUAGUGUUAACAUAUCUACUUACAUGUCAUGUACAGUACAAUAGAAUUCCUCAGAAUUGAAGGACUAUCAGUUUGAGCAGUAUAAAAAAUAGGAAGUUUUAACAAAAUGGUCUACUAUAGAAGAAAUUGUUAACGUAUAGUCGAACAAACGAGUAUCAGGGCCCCAAGCUAUAAGUAUGAUAGGUUUACAAUGAUUGGUUCUGUGCAGUUGGCAGUUCGGGUCAUUUGUAGGGAUAAUAAAUGCAUUUAAAAUCACAUCAUUUACCGUAUCACUUAAAAGGCAAACUAUUAAUAAAAAAAUCCCCAUUCAUACCUUAGUGCUUCAAAAUUUAAUUGAUGCUUAGUACAGCUUUGAUAUUUCUAUAUUAAAACCAAACAAAAUGUAAGAGAAAAUAUCCAAUUAACCUGUAUGUCUCUGUAGGAGUCCUGAUACUUCUCUGCUCACCUGUACAGUAGCUACCUAACUUUUGAUACUUUAAUGAAGGAAAAAUAAGACCUGUAAUUUGUUACACCUCAAGUCUUGAAAGUAGUUUCUUUCUUCUGAAAUGUAAUUGCCAGCAUAAAUUUGUUUUACAUAGUUUAAUUUACUUCAGUGGAUUAUGAGUCGUUAGGCCACAGGAGGCUUUUGAUUUACAAGCUCUCUUAUUCAUGUCACUUGUUUCAUCCCACAGACUUUGGGCAGUUAAUAAUUAUCAUGGGUUACAAUGAAGAAAAUAUAUACAGUACUAAAGUAUAUAAUUUUAAUUAUCACUUGUCAUUUUUAUAUUAACUACUUAUCAGAAUGAAUUUUAUCAACUUUUUUCAGGCAUAAAUAAAUAAAUAUUCCACUGUUAUUUUACAACAGUUUUGCCUGUACAGUAUUUAACAAAGCAUUUGCCUCACUUGCCAUUUUUUUAUGAAAUCUGUAAACUAUGUUAAUGUGUUCAUGGACCAAGAAGGAAAGUUACAGUAUUAACUUAUGUUGGGCACAUAUGAUUUUCUUGUAUAUAUUGUAUAACAUAGUCACUGUAUCAGCAGCAGUAUUUUUGUUAGCCAUAUCAAAGGUAAAUGUGUACAUCUGGCUGCUUGAUACCUCUGUAUGCAGUGCAUUUACUACAAUUAUUAGAAAUAAAAUAAAUUAUCAUA